AAUCAUGACUAAUUAAUGAGAUCUCGAAGGGGAGUGACGCAGUUAUUAUAGAUUCCCCACGUUUCUAUAAACUCUACAGGAAUUUAAAUGUCUAUUGUGUUGACAUAUAUAUUUUUUAUAAUUUGCGAAAACAUACUGAUUUAAAAGAUAAACGGAUCAGUUGUGGAACGGCACUGCUCGUGAGAUUCUAAUGCCGUGGAUGCUGAAGGUUGCAUCUAUCUACCCCGAGGACUAAAUGCGAUAGCCAGCACGAGAUAUGCCGCAGCCCAAAUCACGAAAAAUCGCCAUCCUCGGGUACAGAUCCGUAGGAAAGUCCUCACUAACUAUUCAGUUUGUGGAAGGCCAGUUUGUCGACUCCUAUGACCCAACAAUAGAAAACACAUUUACCAAGAUGAUCACGAUAGAUGGUCAAGAAUAUCAUCUGCAGCUGGUAGACACAGCUGGCCAGGAUGAAUACUCCAUCUUUCCUCAGACAUACUCCAUAGACAUCAAUGGUUACAUUCUGGUCUACUCCGUCACGUCUAAUAAGAGUUUUGAAGUAGUUCAGGUUAUCCAUGAAAAACUGCUGGAUAUGGUGGGGAAAGCUCAAGUACCUAUUAUGUUGGUGGGAAAUAAGAACGAUCUGCACAUGGAACGGGUGAUCAGCUGUGAGGAGGGAAAGACACUAGCAGAAUCGUGGCGGGCUGCCUUCAUGGAAUCCUCAGCUAAAGAGAACCAGACAGCAGUGGAGGUGUUCAAGAGAAUGAUCCAGGAGGCGGAGAAGCUGGAAGGCGGCGUCCAAUCAGGGAAGACUUCCUGCUCCUUGAUGUAGAGUUUCUGACCUAUCAACGCAAAGAACAGGACACUGCACUGGGAUAUCCCCUUACUUGAAGGCUACCUGCCAGCUCAAAUACUAUUUCUCAACUGUCAUUUACAGUCAUCAACUGUCCACUGUCAUCAACUGUCUUAACUGUCUGCUGUCAUCUACUGUCAACUCUCCAUAUCAUUGUGAUGGUCUUGUUUGUUGUGAAAGGUUGAUUGGUUGUUUCUGCACUAUACUUCCCACAAUAAUACAAAAGUGACUUCCUGCAAAGAAGUAAGUCUCAUUAACCCUUAUCCUCCUACCUAGUCUCUAAUACACCCUUAUCCUCUUACCUAGUCUCUACUACACCCUUAUCCUCUUACCUAGUCUCUACUACACACUUAACCUCCUACCUAGUCUCUAAUACACCCUUAUCCUCCUACCUAGUCUCUAAUACACCCUUAUCCUCUUACCUAGUCUCUACUACACCCUUAUCCUCUUACCUAGUCUCUACUACACCCUUAACCUCUUACCUAGUCUCUACUACACCCUUAUCCUCUUACCUAGUCUCUAAUACACCCUUAUCCUCUUACCUAGUCUCUAAUACACCCUUAUCAUCUUACCUAGUCUCUACUACACCCGUAUCCUCUUACCUAGUCUCUAAUACACCCUUAUCCUCUUACCUAGUCUCUAAUACACCCUUAUCAUCUUACCUAGUCUCUACUACACCCUUAUCCUCUUACCUAGUCUCUACUACACCCUUAACCUCUUACCUAGUCUCUACUACACCCUUAUCCUCCUACCUAGUCUCUACUACACCCAUAUCCUCCUACCUAGUCUCUACUACACCCUUAUCCUCCUACCUAGUCUCUAAUACACCCUUAUCAUCUUACCUAGUCUCUACUACACCCUUAUCCUCCUACCUAGUCUCUACAAACCCAGGACCAGGCUGCUGCUUAGUAACCAGACCACAGAACCUUAUACAAAGGUCCUGACCCAGCCUCAGAACCUCAAGCAGAUGGAGCAGAAACAACACCUGGAUCCAACCCUGAGAACCUCAUACAGAUGGAGCACAAACAACAACUGUAUCCAUUAUCAGAACCAUGUACAGAUGAACCAGAAAAUGUUCUGGUAUUAUGCAUGGUUCUACCGGUGUCCAUUCUGGCCCAUUGGUGGAUGCCGACUCUGUCACAGAAGAUGUAUUUCUAUGUGAUUUGGUUUCACGUCCUCUUCAUAUUAGAGUUGUCACAAAGACGAACUUUUCCUCUUUUUUUAACAUGCAUUUUCAGUAAUUGCGUUCAGUGUACACCGAGCCCUGUCACUAUUGUCAUUGUCCCGCCGUGCACCCCUGACGUAAGACGCCCCCCAAUAAUACUAAGAGUGAAUCCUGCUCUUCUGUUUUUCUACUUCCUGUCCAACCCACUCACCUCUUCACUAGUCAGAGGUUUCUCCCCCAAGGACGUUAUGGUGGUCUGCCAAAAUAUCUGCAUCCCAUUUUCUAAUGUUCAAUAUGAUGUACAAAUGUUCUUUUUUGAUUGUAAUCAUUAAAGAGGAAAGUGAUUAUGUA